GUGUCGAUGGUUAAGGGUCCGAAACUAUAUUUUAUUUGACGAGGUGGGGAAUUAGGAUGUUUGGGGGACGUCGAACUGUCUGUCCAACAGUUGUACGGUAACCUGCUCGGUACAAGACUAGCAUUGUACUCCGAACGCGCUUCAUCUGCUGCAGGUACAGAGGACAGACGCCGAUAAGACGUUAUCAUGCGGCGUUCCUUCGACGUCGGAGUCGCACUGAUCGUCGUCCUGGCCGCUGUUGGCGAGCAGCUGCUACAGCACUCGGUCGCGAUCAACUCACCCGCCAAGAAGACGAGCGGCGGGUCGUUCAGCGUGUGGUUUCGUGCCGAGCCCGGUCUGCCCCGCAAGAAAGACAUGAAAGUCGACAAGCUCAACCGACUCAUCGGAGCCGAUUACAACGAAAUGUGGAUGAGCAAAACGGCAAUCGUAAUAACGGAAGACCGUGGUAACGCGUCGGGCUCGGCCGGCGUCAAUUCAUUGAAGACGCCUGGACCGGACAACCUACAGCUUCCGGAACAACUUCCUGUCCAGUACCAAGAGAUGAUGCGCACGUGGUUGGUGCACCGGAGCAAAUGUCCGGUCGAAUACGCAUGGGCAGACCUGGGCAAGUCGUUUUGGCCCAGGUGGAUAAAAAAGGGUCGAUGUGGUCGGUCGGAAAUGAUGAGCUGUAGUUGGCCGCCGGGCAUGUCGUGCAUGCCUUCGUCCAUCAGAGUACUCAACCUGUUGCGGUGGCAUUGUUGGUUAAAAAACAGAAAAAAUAAGAGGAAAAAUCGGGAAAGAAAAACUAUGGAAUUGGCGUUCAACAAGAAGAGAGGGCACGUGGCAAGGGGCAGGAGAGCGGCCGGUCAGAGGAAAAGUAAAAAAAAGGACGAUAAGUUCAGAUGUCUGUGGAUUAAAGUUCCAUAUCCGGUGACCGAAGACUGUACGUGUUCGUGUAGAAAACUUGACGAAUAAUCCAAUCAAAACGAGCGCAUAACCAUCAUAAAUAGUCUCAUGACGUUUAAUUUUUUAAUUUUUUUCUAGGACGGAUAAAAUAUUAUAAUAAUAAUUUACUUUCGCACAUUCAAAUUAUAAACGUACUAUUUCGUCCACCUGAACAUACUAUUGUAUUACGAUACGUGUUUUUUUAGAAAUUAUAAAAUGUGAUAUAAAAACA